AUUUCCCUGCUGAGUGUCUCCAUGUGCUCUGCUCUCCCUACAGCCCCCUGGAGCCGGAGGUUGGACCCUGCUGUGAUACACGCACCAUGCAGAAACUGCUGAACCUCCUGUGGCUUGUUCUGGCCUGCGGCUCCGUUGACGCUACCCUGUCAAAGUCAGAUGCCAAAAAAGCUGCCUCAAAGACACUGCUGGAGAAGAGUCAGUUUUCAGAUAAGCCCGUCCAAGAUCGGGGUCUGGUGGUGACGGACCUCAAAGCCGAGGACGUGGUUCUCGAGCAUCGCAGCUACUGCUCAGCGAGAGCCCGAGAUAGACACUUUGCUGGAGAUGUGCUGGGCUACGUCACUCCAUGGAACAGCCAUGGCUACGAUGUCACCAAGGUGUUUGGGAGCAAGUUCACGCAUAUCUCGCCAGUCUGGCUGCAGCUAAAGAGACGUGGCCGUGAAAUGUUUGAGGUCACGGGCCUCCACGACGUGGACCAAGGGUGGAUGCGGGCUGUCAGGAAGCACACCAAGGGCCUGCGCAUAGUGCCCCGGCUUCUGUUUGAGGACUGGACGUACGAGGAUUUCCGGAGCGUCCUGGACAGCGAGGAUGAGAUAGAGGAGCUCAGCAGGACCAUGGUGCAGGUGGCAAAGAACCAGCAUUUUGACGGCUUCGUGGUGGAGGUCUGGAGCCAGCUGCUGAGCCAGAAGCACGUGGGCCUCAUCCACAUGCUCACCCACCUGGCCGAAGCGCUGCACCAGGCCCGGCUGCUGGUCAUCUUGGCCAUCCCGCCUGCUGUCACACCUGAGACCGACCAGACAGGCAUGUUCACACACAGGGAGUUUGAGCAGCUGGCCCCCGUGCUGGACGGCUUCAGCCUCAUGACCUAUGACUACUCCACGGCACAGCAGCCUGGCCCUAACGCACCACUGUCCUGGGUUCGAGCCUGCGUCCAGGUCCUGGACCCCAAGUCCAAGUGGCGGAGCAAAAUCCUCCUGGGGCUUAACUUCUAUGGCGUAGACUACUCGGCCUCCAAGGGCGCCCGAGAGCCCGUCGUCGGGGCCAGGUACAUCCAGGUCCUGAAGGACCACAGGCCCCGGAUCAUGUGGGACAGCCAGGCCUCGGAGCACUUCUUCGAGUACAAGAAGAGCCGCGGCUGGAAGCACGUCGUCUUCUACCCAACUCUGAAGUCUCUACAGGUGAGGCUGGAGCUGGCCAGGGAGCUGGGCGUCGGGGUCUCCAUCUGGGAGCUGGGCCAGGGCCUGGACUACUUCUACGACCUGCUCUAGGCUGGGCAGCACAGCCCUAAGCCACACGGGGACCAACUGUAUGAAAUACAGGCUCUGCUCUGUUGCUGAGACACGUCUGUGCGGUCCUCAGUGGGAGGCCAGGGAACAGGCCCUCGCAGCUCAGGCUACUGUACCUGCACCAGCGCCGUGCACAGCCCGAAG